AUGUCAGUCCAUAUCGUCUCAAAGCAUGAUAAUCGCCAGCAUGCAGCCUUGAAGGUUCCUGCAGCUGCUCAAAGCGAAUUAUCUGAAUCUUCGGUCAGAGUUCGCACUCUGCUCAUCAGUCUAACUUCGAAUAAUUUGACAUAUGCCCGAAUGGGUCAGUUCCUGCAUUGGUGGGACGCGUAUCCCGUCUCUAAAGACUAUCCCGCACCCUACAACGACUCAUCAUCAUGGGGAAUCGUUCCUUCGUGGGGCUACGCAACGAUAGAAGAAACGACAAUUCCUGAAUUAGCCAAAGGCACAGUUCUGUGGGGAUUUUGGCCUACAUCCAGUGCACUGACCGAUCUCAAACUCAAGAGUGGUGCACCAAGCGGCCACUGGAUCGAAACAAGUGAUCAUCGCCAACAGUUGAUGCCCCUGUACAACCGUUACACAGUAGCGCCAACAACAAACUCAAUCACCGAUCUAACGACAGAGGCCAAUCCUCUUUCGGAACCCGCACGAGAAGAGCGCGAUCGCAUGGCCUGGACCGCGCUGUUCAUUGGUGGAAAAGCUGGGUUCAUUCUCAGCGAGUAUGUCUUCUCGUCUGACCCUGAAUCCCGGCCUCCGAUUCAUCCACUCGGCAAUCAGCCUGGGUUACACUGGACCCUGUCCGACGGGGAUUUGUCGUCAGCUGUCGUUAUAAAUUUGGCUGCUUCGACUAAAACGGCCCGGGUCUUCUCGUACCACGUUUCGCGGAAGCCGGAUAGUUCGGCACCCCUGGGUUUAUUGCAGGUAACUUCAUCUGUGUCGCGCAUUGCGGAAGCGAGCCAGAACGUCGGUACUUCUGUUCCUUCUAAGGCGGUUGGGUAUGAGAAUGUUGGAUCAGAUGAGACUGGAAAGUGGUUGGCUUCUCGCAAGGCUUCGAAGAUUGUUAUCGUUGAUUUUGGUUCUCGGGCUAGUGUUCUUCAAGAGUUACUCUCUUUGAUCAAGAGCCGACCUGAUUUACAAUCUUGCAAGGUUGUCAUAGUUCAGGUUGGUAACGAGCAGAAAGUCUACUCAGGGGAGGAGAUCCUGGCUGGGAGAGCAAAGAUUGCAGAACUUGGCAAAGUCCAGUAUAAUACUUCCGGUGUUCAAGAUACGGCGCUGGAAUUAAUGGAUCAAGAGGCUUAUUUCACAACUCAAAAGAAAUUUUGGGAGCAAUGGUUAGACCGGCGCCAAUUGAAUGCACCAGGAAUGGAAAUUGUAAUGGGCAGUGGCGUGUCUGGUACUGAUGGAGUUGAGGGAGGCUGGGAGCGAUUAUGCCAUGGAGAGGUACGACCUGAGGAGGGAUUGGUCUACAAGAUGCAAUAG